AUGAACACACCUCGCUGUCAGGGUGUUCAAAUCCUAAUUGAAGAACUGAAGCUGAAGUACAAAUUCGCCUGCUUGGUUGAAUACUGCAACAUUCCUGUCCUGCUGGACAACAACUCAGACGCGAUCAACGGCAAGGCGACCCCGUUUGCCGUCAUGGAGAGUGCAGCAAUCAUGUUUUACUUGUGCGAUUGGAUUGAUUGGAAUUUUGUCUUCCACUUUGAGACACCCCUCGAACUAUCAAAUAUGCAGCAAUGGAUUGAGUGGGGUACCACCGAAUUAGUUAUCCCAAGCCACAAGUUGAUUGACAUCUGUCGAUAUGUGCCAGAAAAGUCACCUGAAUUGGAGGCGCACUUAAGAUCUCAUAUCAAGGCGUCCUUUGGUGUGAUGGAUAAUCAUCUGAGUAGGUCGGACGGAGGACAACGAAGGAAGUUCUUGGCUGGUGCUGGAGAGGGAGCGUAUUCACUUGCUGAUAUGCUUAUUUGUCCUACGGUGAACAUCCGUUUCCUGUGGGCUGAGGAAAAAGAAAUACUUGUCGACUACCCGUCGGUUCUAUCCAUGGUCGGAUCCACUGCUGGCUAUGUUCAAUAUCAACAAGAAGUCAAUAGAUCUUCUCUGGCUACUGAUCGUGACAUGUCUCCAGUAUACAAACGUGUUUAUGCAAUAGUGUAUUCCAUUAUCCUAACGUUUGAUGUACUGUUUGCGUACUACAAAUGUGUCGAGUGGAGUAACGUUUCAGUCAAAAAUCAGUGA